GAAGAACGCCACAGUAGUCAUUGAAAAUUUGUUAAGGCAAAUAGAUUUUAUGUUUGCAGCGAAGUUAGGUUCCAAUUUUCCAUUUUGAUUGUGGGUGGAGGUAGAGAUGAUAACCCACUCCAAAUUCGUGGAUCAGCUCCGAGAUUACCAUGUUCGAUACAAGCGCAACCACUCUGCUCUUACUUUCUUCUCGCCCAAGCCCCAUGUCCAAACUCGGGGUGAUGUUGCUGAGGCGAUUUUUUUUGCUUUACUAUUCUCCGUGCUUGUUGUCUCAUCCCUCACGACCCUUUAUUUGAGGCACUUUUGGCUUUUUGGGGUUGUCAUAUGCUUCAAUAUAUUUCUUCCAGCCCGGUUAAGAAUGACUAGGCAAACAUUGGCAAGGAACAGGGAAAGAAGACUGCCAUUGUCCAUAUGAGAACUUCUUGGCGUGUAAUUAAUUUGGUCUUUCGUGAAUACUCAGGGUACGAAGUGAAUUUGUGGUACACUUGUUGCACUAGUAAUGUACAUAAUACUGAGCCCAGUCAAGUCAAGAGGCACAACAAUUUUCUUGCUUUGUCUCUUAAUUUGCUUUUAGAUUUUCAUCAAGGAAUUCCUGACAGGAUUAUCUGCAGUGUUUCUAAAUACAUUGUAGCUUUGGCUGCGUAGAGUUGUAUAACUUGCAAAUGUAAAUAGUCAUAGUUGAUGAAGAAAUAUAAAAGAAAUUUUCUCUCUGGAAAUUGCAGGCUAGUUCUCCAUGCAAAA